AUGCGCACGGCAAAGAAGGUACGUAUUGUGGACGGUGAUAUUGUGCAAAAAGAAGAACAAAUAAAUUUGCAAGAACAAAUAAAUUUUAAUGGCCAUAUAAAAUGGAUUUUAUUUGCUUUUGCACUAUUACUUAUUGUACUUGCUAUUAUCAUUGUACCAGUUAUAGUAACAAUAAUUCAAAGUUAUCACCAUCGUUCUGACGAGAAUGAAUUCGAAGUGACAACAAGUGGAAUAGAAAUCACAAAAACAAAGCCUACCGAAAUUAUCGUUUUAACGGUGAGUACAGCUGAAGGGAAAAAGCAAAAGGAGAAUGAAACUCAUGGAAAACUAUAUAGAGAUAAAGUAUUGGAAAUCGCUAACGAAAUAGUAAAAAGGAAUGAUAAUCCCUGUGCAACAUAUGUCAUCGAGGAAUUCAGUGACAAAGCAACUUUUAGCAAGUUGCUAUCGAAGGCAGAAGUUGUUGGCGAAUUAGAAAAGACUUUUAAUGAUGUGAAAUCUACUGGCGACAUUAGCGUUACGGACGCAAUUGAAUCAUUUUGCAAAAUCCCGUGGGCAUCACAAACUGCAAACAUAUUAUUUGUUCCGGAUGAGGGCAUGUACAGAAACCAGAAAAUUUUCAAAAAUGAUAUGAAGUCAGCGAAAAAUUUACUGAAGCGGAUGACAACCGGAAAUCGAACCGGUGCACCUCGUGUUAUUAUCGGUGAUCCAACGUAUUUCCGGAACAUUGACAGAACGGUGAGCACGUAUUCCCCGGAUAUGAAUGUUAAUGAAUUAACAAAUGCCAUUUUACUCGCAUUACAAGCGAAAGAAUUUACAACGCCGGAAGGUUUGUUCACUUCAACUAUUUCAGUCAACCAAGAUGGAACAGCACUUCCCAAUGGAUCUGAAACUCACUUUACACGUUCCUGGAUUAAAACUGAUACUCAAGAAAAACAAAUAUCAACACUUAGUAUCGUAAAUAUUGAUUCAACUACAUCUUCAUCCAAUCAGCCGGUGACAGUAAUUAAACCUAUGAAAUGUACAUUAACCGGAACAUUUGUAAGUCCUUCGAAACAUCAAAACUAG